CUGGAAUGCAGGGUAUCUUUCCCCUCUCUCUCGCUCUCCCUGGCCCCAGAUCCCGUAUUCAUCAGCGAAAUGUAACCACGAAAAAAUGAAAAUUGUCAUUUCAGAGAAUUGAAGCAGCAAUCCUUCCUCCUCAAUCCAGCUCGCCUACCAAAAUCCAAUCUUUCCCUCAAAGGUCUCUCUCUUUCUGUAUACUCUGAUGUUUCUGUAAAGUUUAUUCUCUCGCUAUCUCUGUACUCUUCAACUUUUGCUUUUUUUGAAAAAACAAGUGCGAGACUGCGAUUCGUGGUUUUUGAGCUCGAUUACUGAUUUAGGUUCGGAUUCGGGUCAGAUUCUUUGAGACUCUUUGCCCUUCCCUUCGUUAAAGCUUUCUUUUAUUUAUUUAUUAUCUAUUUUUAUGAAGUCCGAUGGUAAAAGCUGUUAGGGUUCUUAAUCAAUAUCAUCUCUUGGUUCUGGCUAUUUAUUGAUUCGCCUGAACUUACCAUGAAUUCAGUGAUGUAAGCUGACAUCUUGGCUUUUUACUUGAUUGAGGUUUGGAUUUUGGUUAGGGUGUGAGGAAUUGAGGGCUGUUGCUGUUGAUUUUAAGGAAGAAAUUAGAUAUGGGGGACGAGACAGCCAAUAGAAUGAACCUUGAUCUUAACUUGGGGCCUGUUGAACAUCCCCAUGAUUACCUAGACCUCAGAUCAUUCCCCUCAGGUAGCAUCACUUUGGAGGAGUUGAUUGCUAGGCAAAGGACUCAACUUCGAUCCGAAUCAUCGGUGGAAGGAUUGCUGGUUGAUGGACAAGUUAGGGAAGGAGGAUUGCUGGUUGAUGGCCAUGUUAGGGAAGGAGUUAGUCCACAGAGAAGGCAAUGCACUGGUAGUAGGCAAAGGUGGCGGUCAAUGCAGAGAGAUCUGAUCACAGUCUCUCCUGAGAUCAGAAAUCUCUCGUUGGAACUGGUUCCAGGCAGCGUGUCCCAAAUCUGCGAGGCUAAUGACACUUCUCGUAGGAAAAAAGAAGAUAACGAAAAAAGCGAUGAAUUGAGCUUCUUUGAUUGCAACAUAUGUUUGGACUUGGCCCAAGAACCAGUUGUGACUUGUUGUGGGCAUUUGUAUUGUUGGCCAUGUCUUUACAGGUGGUUGAACCUUCAUUCCUAUGCAAAGGAGUGUCCGGUUUGUAAAGGGGAAGUGACAAUGAAGACUGUGACUCCAAUCUAUGGCCGUGGGACUCCUACACCACGCGUUGAAGCUGAAGGGUACCCGAGUGCCACUAAAAUUCCGCAAAGGCCUCAAGCACCACGGCACGAGGGCUGGCGGCAGACAAUCCAACGGUCGGCAUUUACUGCUGUUCCAGUGGAGGAAGUAAUCCGACGGCUCGGGAGCAGGUUUGACAUGGCCGAACUACGAAAUCAUCCAAACUCCGAAGAAUCGCCUGAGAGACGCAGCUCACUUCUUGCAAGGAUCCUCACCUCUAGGGGAAUGCGCCGGGAACAACAAAAUUCGGUUGAAACCUAUCCUACUGUUGAUGAUAGAGAUUCUGUGUCGAGCAUUGCGGCCAUGAUUCAGUCCGAUGGUCAGACAGUUGACACCACGGUUGAAAUCGAUUCAUCCUUGAGAAGAAUUGCUGAUGUUGAUAGUGGAGAUUCUCGCCCGCCUAGGAGGAGAAGAUUAUACUAAACUCAACUUUGAAUGUUUAAAUAAUAAUAAUCCAAUGAAACUUGGAUGAUUUUACUGUCAUUUUACAUUUAAGUAUUAAAUUGUCAUGAUUUAGUGUUGUUACUACCUUUUGAUAUAAAGUUCUUUCUGUAACUUUUCCCCCUUCUGAUUAUUGCAAUAAAAGUUAGUAUAUGCAAAAGGUUGUUGUGAAUAGUUGAAUGUCAACA